GCGGAGCGUCACGAGCGUGUGUUGUUGAGGGAGAAUGUGACGGCGCCAUAUUGAGAGAGACGUAUUGGGUUUCUUUGGUAGAUAAACGAGAUAAACGCUGAAUAUAACCUGUAGCAUAGAUCGGUGAACGCAGUGCUGACGAAUUUCUUUCAUAUCCCCUGACGAUUAACGGUUCUCGAUUAAAAUUCUCAACGUCGUUUGUGUAACUUCUGGUUGAAAAUGUCUGGCGGUGUGAUUCGAGGGCCUUCAGGGAACAAUGACUGUCGGAUUUACGUUGGUAACUUACCCCCUGAUAUUCGCACCAAGGACGUAGAGGAUGUGUUUUAUAAAUACGGAGCCAUUCGGGAUAUCGACCUUAAAAACAGAAGAGGAGGUCCGCCGUUUGCGUUCGUGGAAUUCGAGGACCCGAGAGAUGCAGAGGAUGCUGUUCAUGGACGAGAUGGCUAUGACUAUGAUGGCUACCGUCUUCGUGUGGAGUUCCCCAGGAGUGGCAGGGGAGGUGGAAGAGGUGGAGGCGGUGGUGGAGGAGCUGGAGCUCCCAGAGGCAGAUAUGGCCCUCCAUCCAGGCGUUCAGAGUACAGGGUCAUAGUGUCAGGACUUCCUCCUAGUGGCAGCUGGCAGGACCUUAAGGAUCACAUGCGUGAAGCAGGUGAUGUAUGUUAUGCUGACGUUUUCCGAGAUGGCACCGGCGUUGUGGAGUUUGUGCGCAAAGAAGACAUGACCUACGCCGUUCGAAAGCUGGAUAACACUAAGUUCCGGUCACAUGAGGGGGAGACGGCCUACGUUCGUGUAAAGGUGGAUGGCCCGCGCAGCCCCAGUUAUGGGCGCUCGCGCUCUCGGAGCCACAGCAGGAGUCGCAGCCGGAGCAUCAGCCGCAGUCGCAGCUACUCUCCACGACGCAAUCGAGGAUCCCCAAAUUACUCGCCCCGCCACAGCCGAUCCCGUUCCCGCACCUAAACACCCACAUCCCAGCUAGUUGGCUGGCCACAAUCAUAUACACCCUGUGUCGCCCUCUAUUGGACCCACUGUUGUACUUCAUUGUUCUCUUGACUUGUUUCGUCUCUCCACUUUCUCCAGUUUGCUUUCUCUCAUUUUUGGUUCGUUAGUUUUUAUUUUAAUUUUUUUUGACUGUCAUUCUGCUAAUGACAGCAACGUGUAGCUAAGUAGAUGUUAUCCUUUCUCUACUUUUUUUUUUCUCAUCAAUUCUUUGUUUGUUGUCUCCUAUCCCAUCACCCUGUUGUGUCUUUGUCUUGCAUCCCCAUUUUAACUGGAUCUUCAUACUCAUCCCUUGUACUAUAUUUGACACAAGGGACAUGUUGAAAUGCUUUAAAUAGUUGUAUGUGUGACUAAUUAAUUUGCUACUUUUUUAUUUUUUUGAUGAUGCUUCUUUACCGGCUUUUUCUGGGGUGGGAUAAUUUUUUUGUUGAAAAACUGUUCUACUUUUACCUUUUCAUGUCUUUCUAUAGACAACAGAAGAGCAGGAUUAAACAAAGCUUUGGAAUAAAGGAUUUUGAAGCACAGUUCAUUCAUAUUAGGAUAUUUGGAGGAGGAGGAGCAGGCAUUUCAUUUAAGGAGGCAAUGGUAUGACAGUAAAUGGCUUUAGUCACCUUCAAAAAGGCAGUUGUUGUUUUUCUACAGACUUCCAGUACUCUGGAUUUUCUUAGUUCAGUAACACAUUAGUUUGCUUUGCCAUUCUUCCUCCCUUCACAACACUCCCCUUCCCCGUUUAAUUUACCUUUUCUCACUGGUCAUUGCUGCUAAGCAUGCAUGUGUACUGUCUGGAUGUUGUGAUGCUUGUGCAUACAUUAAGACAGCUUGGUUUUUUGUUUUUUUUGGGGGGUGGUAAUUUUUAAAUACAAAAACAUUUUUGCCUGUUGUCCAAAAUAUUCUGGGAUUUGGCCACUCACAUAGAUUUUUCAUUAGACAAGAUAAAGGCUUGCCAUGUGCAGUUGUUCUCAUGUAAAUUAUGUAUUUGUCGAGAGGAAGACUUUUUUUUCAUAGCUUAUUUUUCUUGUUUUUCCAUUAAGCACAAUUUAAUGUGUUUAGGUGGUGUUCUAAAUUUCUUUGAGAGCGUAUCAGUCUGGUAUCCUUUUUGUCAUUUAGAAAAAAAAGAAAGAAAAAUACCGCUCCUAUGAUCAAUUUAUAGAAGCUUUCAAUGAUAAAAGCUUUUAUUUAGCUUUGAAUCUAACUUGUUACCUCCCUCUCUUUGAUUUUGCUGGUAUUCAAAGGUUUGGAUUGGAGGAGGGGCUCACUGUGUCCCGAUCCUUGGAGCCGGAUCAUUGGAUCAGUUCAGGAUCAGGAUCAGGAUUAGGAUUAGGAUAAGGAUGGAUACAUACAUGGAGCGGGAUCAAUUUACCGGGAACGGGAACCAUUGGAGAGGAUCCCAGCCCCGCAUCCCCCCAAAACCACAAUUAAAGGAUACUUGACAUCGUAAUUGGCUUUUCUAAAAUCAAAUUCAUUUUUUUUUUUUUUUCGUGGAGCCCCAUUGAUGCGCGCAGAAGGGAUCCAGGUGCUUUUUUUGUUUUUGUGAGAUUACUUUUUUGGUAUAAAAAGAAGCAGAGCAAGGAACCAGAAGGCUGGAUCAGUUGCUUUGGAUGGAAUCAGCAUAAGGAGCAUGGUAAAUAGGGGCGAAUUCGAGGGAAGGGUGGGAUAAUAGGCAAAUUUUCAGGGGGAUGUUGUAGUUUAUUUAGGGAUUCAAAAAUUACCUUUCAAAUAACAUUUGCUGUGUUGGCAGUGGUGUUUCUUUCCCCCCAUAAUUGGCUACUUUAUAUUUCUAGACUGUAGUGUGUUGAUUUUUCUGUCUUUUCCCCUUGUUUAAAUAAAGAUUGAAUUUUCAAGUAAAA